AUGGUAGCCGAUGUCCGGUCCGCGGGGGGAUCCCCAAUACUGGUGACUUCUCUGAGCCGUCGAAGCUUCGACUCUUCAGGCCAUGUGAUUCCCUCGCUGGCGAACGUCUUUGCUGCAACCAAGGCCGUCGCAAAGGCUACAAACUGCGAAUAUGUGGAUCUGAACAAAGCGUCAACCGACUAUCUGAACAGCAUCGGCGCAGAAAAAGCAGCAACGUACAAUCUCUCGCCCAAGGAUUAUACGCAUCUGAAUAAUCAUGGAAUGACCCUCUUUGGUAAUAUGAUGGGUUGGCUCUUGCAGACCACUAUUACCGACAGCUCGAAGAUUGCGCCUUAUAUUCACCCGCGGAGUGACAUGGUAGUGGCUAUUGAAGAUGGCAACUACAUAUAUCCUUCCUGA